GCCUCUGAAUUGCUGAGCUGGUUUUAAUUGAAGUGUGAAAGGAGGUUUUAAGGCAGAGAGACAACAUCCUGUUGUUCCGGCUCUCCUCUCUCUUCUUCUGCACAUCUGGCUGAACUGGGAGUCAGGUGGCUGACUUGGGGCCCGGUUGCAGCAAGCAGCGGCCUCUGCCUUCCACUGUCCCACGCCUCAGCGGCCCGCGAGUCCACCAGGUCAUGGACGCAGUGGCUGUGUACCACGGCAAAAUCAGCCGGGAGACGGGGGAGAAGCUCCUACUUGCCACGGGGCUGGAUGGCAGCUAUUUGCUGAGAGACAGUGAGACCGUCCCGGGCGUGUACUGCCUGUGUGUGCUGUAUCAAGGUUACAUUUAUACAUAUCGAGUGUCCCAGACAGAAACAGGUUCUUGGAGUGCUGAGACAGCUCCUGGGGUUCAUAAAAGAUUUUUCCGGAAAAUAAAAAAUCUCAUUUCAGCAUUUCAGAAGCCAGAUCAAGGUAUUGUAAUACCUCUGCAGUAUCCAGUUGAGAAGAAGUGUUCACAAGGUGCUACAGGGAGAAGAGAAGAUCCUGAUGUCUUCCUGAAAGCACCGUGAAGAAAAAUCAAAUACCUUGUACUUUAUUUUCUAUAAUUUAAAUAUAUGCUAAGUCUUAUAUAUUGUAGAUAAUACAGUUCAGUGAGCUACAAAUGUAUUUCUAAAACCAUCAUAGUCCUGUAAUGCAAGUAUCUAGCGUGAUGUAAAAGCUGAAAUGGACUUUGCCGAUAAUGUGGAGCUUUGAAAUAAGGUUAUUUUCAGUAUUAUUUACAAAUAGGAAAUGAUUUAAAGCAUAAUGAUACUUUAUAAAAGAUCAAUAUCAAUUCUUGCCAAAUAGAAAUUAAAAAAUCCUGUUUUUUCUCAGACGCAUCAUUUUUUAGUGAAAUAUUAUUUGACAGCUACUGAUUUUAAAAUGUCUUUCUUGAUUAGAUGACAGGAAGCUGGUUUCUCAUCCCUCGUCUUCGUCACGUGUGGUUCUAAUUAAGUAUCACGCUCUCCACUGGCUAUGGUGUUGUAGGGUGUUUGAGGAGUUAUGAAGUUGUGUGCUGUGUGUUAAAAAAAAAGUACUGGAUAAAGAAGAAAGAAUUUCUGUUUAGUUUUAAAAGCAACUUUUUUUGCCUAGUGUUCUGAUGUUGGAUAGCAGAAUCCACAGACCAGUCUGGAGUUAAAAAAUCCCGUAAUUUAAAAUAUGCUCUAAACGUUGAUUACAUUUGAUAUUACAGGAUUUUUCAUCUACCUCUACCCCAGUUGUUGGUACUCCGUGUAAAACCUUAUUUUGAAAGGAAACUUCAGCAGCUGUGCUCACGAGUAGCUGAUUUACAAGUGAUCUCCCGAUGAGGUAGCCUUAUGGGAGCCCUGAAAACCUUAUGGUUGUGUUGUUUAUUAACAGUUAGUUCCAAGUGAUGGCAACCUAAGUGAGAGCCAAGAUUUUACACAGUGACAGAUAUUUAUAAAUUUUUUCUCACAUGUAUAUCCUUACGACUUUCGUGAUUUGAUUGUACAUCAAGUUGUUUCAGGGCUCCUAGAAUUCAACAAACACAAUAGACACUGGGGUAGAGAAGUAAAAACACCCACCCCCUGGGCUCAGGCAGCUCCAUCUCUAGUUGGACAAGAAAACCAAUUAAAAAAAAAAAGUAACACAAAAAAGAGCAAAAGAUGUCCUUUAAAGGGGAUAAACACGUGCUAAAUGAGGUUCUCACCUGGGAAGGUGGAUCUGUUGUUAGAUGCAGAAUGAGUCAACACGAAUACUCUGGUUUGUGGUCUGGAGGAAAAUGCUAAAUUCUAUUGUAAACUAAUACAUUGGCAUUCUGGAUUGUGCAGGAGUGGGGGUGAGCUGGAUGAACUGCCGAGAGACACAGCUACUCUCCGUGCACUGGCAAGAUCUGGUGUCUGAGUAUUUAAGACGGUUGCAUUGGGAGUGCAGAGGUGGAGUUGGGCUAUAAUAAUGUAUUAUGGGCCUUUUACCAUUUCUAGAAAAAAGGCAUUACUUUAACUUUGCAAAGGAAUUCAGAAAGCCAACUUUCAAAACAAAAUGCAUAUGUUUAGAUAAUUUUUCCUUUUUUGUAGCUUGGGUUUAAAUUUUAAUAGGUGUAAAUAAUUUUCACCCUCUCUGACUUGUUCAUUCUGUAAUAAUCCCAAAUAUAUGAAUUAUGUUUGCAUGUUUCUUUACAAAAAAUGCCUUUUUUGAAACAGCUUUUUUGAAUCUUUAAUGAUCUUUCAUAUUUCAAUAAAGUGUUUGAAAGCUUUAUUUACCUAA